ACAGACAAACAGACAAAAAAAGUUAAUAGGCUAGUAUCCACUAUGAAUAAAUCGGAUGGAUUAGCGUUUACAAUUAAUGUUUAUGAUAUAUAGCUACAAAAAAAUAGAACUAUUUAGAAAAAUAAUUAAAGAUUGAUAAUAUUUUUAGAAAAGAAAAUCGAAAAAAAUAGGCAUUUAGUCACGUGACAGUAAACGCCAAUCAGAGAAUGUUACGUCACGCCGUGUCAAACAUGGUUGUUGUUGACGUUUUCAUUGAAAAGGACGCGUUGACUACUUCACAUUUUAUUCGUUUAUAGCAUUAUUCUCAAGUUGAUAGUUAUCAUGGAACCAGGUUUUGUUAAAGCAGACAGUAAUAACUUGCCUAGAAUCGACGCAAUUAUGCUUGGCCGAUUUUUCGCGUCAAACAAUGACUUUUGCUCAUCGGAAUUUCGCAAUAUCAAAACUUCGAUGUCAUCACGAGCUUCUUACGGAGAUGACGCCGUAAGCUAUGUGCAGCUUAAGCGAGAAAACAAAUUUUGUACUGUAAAGUGCAAAAUAUGUCCAGAACACAAAGUUCAUGCCAAAUUAUAUGGAUGUACAUUGGUGGUUGAUGAAGAAGAUGACAUUAUUCUGUCUGUCCAGUGUCAAGACUGUGUAGCAUCACAGGGUGGCUGUAAGCACGCUAUAGCGUUCCUUAUGUGGGUUCAUCGUCGAAGUGAGGAACCAUCAUGCACUUCUGUGGAGUGCUAUUGGAAGAAAUCCAAACUGUCUCAAGUUGGUACUACAAUUAAAUAUAUGACAGCGAAGGAAUUGUCCAAAGGAAAUCCCAUAUUACCAGCAAAUCCAUCUGUUUUUAAUAAUUUUUUAGAAGAGGCAAGAAAGAGAAAAGUUGAGGACUGUCAACUUUUAAAAUACCAACCUACUUAUAGUGAAAGUGAAACAUGGGCUAUCUCAAUGCAUCAACUUACUUAUAAGUUUAAAGAAAGAUGCGUUGAAGAUUUUUUGAAGAAAAUUGAAAUAACAGCAUCUUUAAUCAAGAAAGUGGAAGAGGAAACAAGAGAACAGUCUAAUAGCGCUCUGUGGUUUGAACUGAGAUAUGGUCGAAUAACUGCUUCAAGAGCAUUUGAAGUAAGCCGAUGCAAAACAAGUGACGGCACACUCAUUUCCCUCAUACUAGGUGGUAAAAUUCCUGAUACUCCGGCCAUGAAACGUGGCCGUGUUCUAGAAAAUGAAGUAAGAAAAACUGUUGAGAGCAAAAUAAAAAAAAAAGUUAGUAAGUGUGGCCUCUUGUUAAAUUCUAAGUACCCAAUGAUUGCUGGUUCACCAGACGGAAUUUUCGAAGAUGGGAUAGUUGAAAUUAAGUGUCCUAUUAGUAAAACAACAUAUAAAAAUUAUAUAAAAAAUGCACUGGCUACAGAAAAAUAUUAUGCCCAAAUGCAGCUUCAGAUGUAUUUAUCACAAAAGAAAAACUGUUGCUUUUGUAUAGCUGACCCAGACUUUAGUCAAAAUAAAAAAGUGGAUAUAAUAAAUAUAGAAUUUGAUCCUCAAUAUGUUGAGAAUUUUAUCAAUAAGUUAUUAAACUUUUGGAAAAUUAAUAUAUAUCCUUUAUUAUAUCAGAGUGUAGAGUGAGUAUGUUUGGAUUUUAAAUAAAAGUAACAUUUUAAAUUAGUUAUAUAUAUAGUUGAUGAUACUCAUAAACUGCAUAACUAACAGUGAUUCAAAUUUAGACUGAACAGGAAGAUUCAAAUUUAUGAGUGAGUCUAUGAGUAUCACCGACAAUACAUUCUUGUAUUUGUAUGUAUGUCCGCUAGUAUUUUAUAAAAUAAUCUUACACUUUAUUCAUCAAAGUGUAGACUUAGACUAAGUGUGUGUAUGUACAUAAUAUAUGUUUUGAAUAAAAAAGAAAUAAUUUUGAAA